AUUCACGCAGCAUCGGCUGUUGGACCCACAUUUCUGUACAUGCGUCUUCGCGCGGACACGCGUGCACACGCUCGCAACACCGACACCGUACCGCGUGCCAUCCCGCGAGAACGCGUGCACCCGCGCCGUCACUGCGAUCGCAAGUGUUAGCUACCCCGUCAAACGUCGCGCGUGCAAACUACAGAGUCCUGUGACCAAGGGGUUGGAAGCUUGUGGAAUAACCGAUCCGUUUUUGAAACCAGUGAACUGAGUGCCGAGUUCAGAGAGAUCAUCGAUUCAGAACGAAGCGGAUCUCUAGUGGUAGCAAGCAUUUUUCCUCAAGGAAGAGCUUUUCGGAUAAAGCUGGUGCAUCUCGGACGCGUCGAGGCCCCGUUGGGAGGAGCUUGUAAUCGAGGUCGAGACAGUGGAGACUCGGUCAACCCAAAUUGAUCACACUUUUACUUGCAACCGUCUCAUCAAUUUCGUCGGUCAGAACAGAAAUGGCGUCGGCGGCGGCAGAGUUGGUUGUCGAGAGGGAACCGGAACUGAUCGAGAUAGUGGACACGAACCGGACACUGGUGGGUGCGCAGGGUCUGGUGAGGAUGGCCCUGGACCAAUACACGGAGAUUCUCACCACAGUUUCGGAUCCACGGGUCAACGAUUGGCCUCUGAUGGACUCACCCAUACCCACCCUUUUCAUCGUUCUCCUCUACCUUUACGGCGUGACGAUAUUCGGGCCACGGGCGAUGGCCAACAAGAAACCCUUCAAACUACGGGAGGCGUUAGUCGCGUACAACGCGUUCCAAGUAAUCUUCUCCUUAGGGAUGAUGUACGAGCACCUGAUGUCUGGGUGGCUACUGGACUACAGCUAUAAAUGUCAACCAGUGGACUACUCCCACAAUCCCUCUGCGCUGCGAAUGGCGAAUCUGUGCUGGUGGUACUUCAUCAGUAAAUUCACGGAAUUCGCUGACACGAUAUUCUUCGUGCUGCGCAAGAAGGACAGCCAGGUAACGUUCUUGCACCUGUACCAUCACUCCCUAACGCCGCUGGAGACGUGGAUUUGCGUGAAAUUCAUCGCCGGUGGUCACGGCACAUUGGGAAACCUUAUAAACAACACGGUGCAUGUUAUAAUGUAUCUCUACUACAUGGUAUCCGCCAUGGGGCCGGAGUACCAGAAGUAUUUAUGGUGGAAAAAGCACCUGACCACGAUGCAAAUGGUGCAAUUCUUAAUGGUGUUCGUGCACAGCGCCCAGGCUUUGGUGUUUGACUGCGGUUAUCCGAAACUGGUAGCGGCGCUUCUUCUACUUCACUCGACGAUCUUCUUCAUCCUCUUCGCGGACUUCUACCGACAAUCGUACAACAAGGGUGGAAAGAAGGCGCUGAAAAUCGAAUAG